AUGACUCAAUAUAAAGUGUUCGGAGAAAUCUCGAUUGCUGCUAUCGAAGUACGGCAAGCGGUCGGUUUUCCGGCGUCUGUCUCGGGGGAGCGCUCAAUCGUCAAUUUAAGACAAGUCAGCAAAGCAAGGCAUCAUGGCAGGCGUGCCGCCGCCCGUGAAGUCCGCCAAGGCGGGAGCCUCGAGAAGGUGUGCGCGGACCUGGUGCGCGGAGCCAAGGAGAAGCGCCUCAAGGUCAAGGGCCCCGUGCGCAUGCCCACCAAGGUGCUCCGCCACACCACGCGCAAGUCGCCUUGCGGCAACGGUACCAACACGUGGGACACGUUUGAGCUGCGCGUGCACAAGCGCGUGAUCGACCUGGUGAGCCCAUCGGAGGUGGUGAAGCAAAUCACGUCCAUCAGCAUCGAGCCGGGCGUCGAGGUCGAGGUCACCGUCACCAGCGCUUAA